CCCGCUUUUUACUCCACCCGUUUCUCUUUAGGAGCUAAAUUUCUAUUUGCCCUCCGAACCAUCCCUCUAUAUAUCCAUCCUUCCCGUCCGGAUUCUAGAGAAGCUCCAACCUAACUCCAGUCAUGAAGGAUAUGAAGGUUUAUGCGGUCGCCUUUCUCAUUAGAUUCAUAUAUGCGGUCAUGCAGAUUCUCACCAAGGCUGCCUUCGAUGGAGGCAUGAGCACGUACGUUUAUGUGUUCUAUAGACAGCUGAUCGGCACUCUCUCUGUGGCACCACUGGCUUUGCUACUUGAAAGGGAAAGGGCUCCACAACUAUCCGUUAAGGUCUGCUUCAAGAUUUUCCUGCUUGCUUUAGUGGGGUUUGUUAUAUUCUUAAAUACAUUUUCCAUUGGUCUUGAUUAUACAACAACCACAUCAGCAGCUGCAAUGAUAAAUUCCGUUCCUGUGGUUACCUUUGUUUUUGCUGUUCUAUUUAGACUAGAAACCAUUAAGAUCAAAAGGCUUCAGGGACUUGCCAAAGUUGCUGGACUUGCACUCUGCCUAGGUGGCAUCCUGACAAUGGCCUUCUACAAGGGACCCCAGUUAAAAUCUUUCAACCAUCACCACUUCCUUGGCCUUGGAUCCAGUCACACUGAUGGAGCUCGCUCCCAUUCUACCAAGAGAUGGGCCUUGGGGACCCUCCUUAUGACCAUUUCCACUACGGCAAUGUCUCUAUGGAUGGUCCUGCAGGGAUAUGUGUUGAUGGAGUACCCUGCCAAGCUUCUAUUCACCACUCAUCAGUGUCUGUGUAGCACCAUUCAGUCAUUCUUCAUAGCUCUAGCUUUCGAGAGGGACUUUUCUCGGUGGAAGCUAGGCUUCAACAUGAAUCUCCUCUCCGUGGCUUAUGGCGGUAUCGUGGCCACUGCAGCCACAUAUUACUUGCAAUCAUGGACUAUUGAGAAGAAGGGCCCUGUUUUCUGCGCUAUGACCUCACCAAUAACUCUAAUUAUCCAAAUCAUAUGCUCCUCUUUUCUUCUUGGAGAAAUGAUUAAUUUGGGAAGCAUUCUAAGUGGAGUUUUCAUGGUUGGAGGCCUUUACUGUGUUCUCUGGGGAAAGAGCCGAGAAGAAAAAGACAGAAAAAUGCAAAUAAGGGAGAAUGAAGAAGCUUGCCUGGAGGAGAAAGAAGCACCAAUACCAGCAUAAAAAUUACAAGAGUAAAUAUUAGUAUAAUUUUAGGGAUCACUAACAACCUGCAUCACUCAUAAUAUUUUUCUUUAUUAAUAUGAUUUUGUAAUAACAUAUAUUAUUUUUAUUUGUUAGAUAUUGUUAGAGUGAUUUUAGGGAUCACAUAACAACUCGUAUCAGUCAGUAAUAUUUUUCAUUAUUAGUGUGAUCCUAUAUCAGUUUAUAUUAUUUUUCUUAUAUAGAGUUAGUACAUGAGUAUAUACAACUCCUGAGAUGUACCGAAUAUGAUAGAACAGAGAUAUAAAGCUGUUUUUUUU